ACCUUCCUUUUCUAAAUAAUUUUUGUGCUGUGUACACGUGUUCUCCACAAUGGCACCCGUCGAAAAAGCUAAAAAGGCCGCUAAAUCGGCCAAAAAGGGCAAGAAGCACCCACUGAACUCGUACCUUAAAGGUGGUAUUUUGCGCUACUCAAAGAGUCAGAUGUACAAGCGCCGUGCGCUGUACCGUUUGAAGGGAAAGAAACACCCAGUCGUGAAGAAGGAGAAGGUUCCCAUCAAGAAAGUGAAGAAGAUCGGAGGCCCCAAGAACGGCGGUGAGCGUACUGUGUACCUACGCAAGCCCAAGGCUAACUACCCGACCAAAACAUUCGUGAAGAAGCGCCCAAGCAAGGCCAACUUUAGCGAGCACAAGCGCAACACGCGCCGCAACCUGAAGCCUGGUACUGUGCUCAUUCUGCUGGCUGGUCGCCACCAGGGAAAGCGCGUAGUGCUGCUGAAGACACUAAAUUCUGGUCUGCUCCUGGUGACUGGUCCGUUUGCGCUUAACUCAUGCCCCUUGCGUCGUGUUUCCCAACGCUUCGUCAUCGGCACGUCUACGCGUGUGGACUUGGGCUCAUUCCAGGUGCCUGAGCACUUGAAUGACACCUACUUCCGUCGCCUGAAGGCAAAGAAGGAGAAGAAGUCUGGCGAAGCAGAUAUUUUCGCUGCCAAGAAGGAGCGUUUCGUGCCUAACGAGCAGCGCAAGAAGGACCAGAAGGAAGUGGAUAGCGCCCUGCUGAAGGCCAUCAAAGCUAAUCCCGAUGGAAAAUUCUUCAAGAAGUACUUGCAGAACAUGUUCGCUCUGCACUCCUCCCAAUACCCUCACCGUCUGCGCUUCUAAGCUUCCGGCGUCUGCAACUUCAAUUUAAGGAUUUUUUAAAACUUUGUACAAGCCCCGCUGAUACACAGAGAGUUUGUAAAAUAAACUUUACAAAUUUAUGGAACACUGUUAAGGUAUGAGGAAA